CUGCUUAUGUGGCCUACCACUCUUAACGUCGUCGUUACUUGAUCGAGAACGUAUUUGGAAUUGAAUCUGCAAUUCUGCAUGAUGAAAAUUGAAUUUUAAACCCUAAAACCCCCUGCGGGGAAUUCCUCAAAAACUUCCAUGCAUACCCUCAAAUCAUCUUCCAUUUUCUCAACUUCCUAUUUUCUCAAUUUUUCGUUAAAACCCAAAUCAUUUAUUUUUAUUCUCUCAUAUUCUUCUUCCACCUCUGUUUCGAAUCCUCCCCUUUUCAAUUACCUUGUAAAAAACUUGGAUUUCACUGAAACCCAAGCUGUUUCAAUCUCUAAUCGUUACUCUCAUGGGAAAUCCCUCCAAAAGGCUCAUUCGGUUGCCAAUUUUUUCCAAAGUCUUGGCUUUUCUAAUGCCCAAAUAGCCUCUGCUGUUCAUGUGGCGCCCCAAAUUCUGUUUGCUGAUGUAGAAAAGAAGCUUAGGCCAACAAUCAAGCUUUUUCAAGAUCUGGGUCUUGUGGAACCCCAUCUGGGGAAUAAUAAUGAAGACUUGUUUAAGGUCUUCAAUAGAUGCAAUGGUUUUAUUGCUAGAGAUGGCAUAUCAAACUUGUCGAGAAACAUUGAGUAUUUUGAAAGCUGUGGGAUUGUUGGAUCUCAGCUCUCAAAGUUGUUAAUGAGACAACCUAGGAUUUUUAGGAUGCGAGAAUCGGCAUUAAGGGAUCUCGUUACGAGGGUUGUAGAUAUGGGGAUUUCGACUGAUUCGAGGAUGUUAGUGCACGGUAUUCAUACCUUGAGUUGCUUGAGUGAACAAACAUUUAAGAAGAAAUGUGAAUUACUUAAGACUUUUGGUUUUUCAGACAAUCAUUGCCUGGUUUUGUUUAGGAAGAACCCAGCUUUUUUUAGGGUCUCUGAGGAGAAAAUGAAGUUAGGAAUUGAGUUCUUUCUUAAUGUGGCAAAGUUUGAUCGGAAUGUUUUGGCUUACAAGCCAAAUCUUUUGAUGAGUAGUUUGGAAGAUCGUGUGAUUCCUAGAUACCGAGUUUUUCAGAUUAUUAACUCCAAGAAGUUGUUGAAAACGGAUCGGAGUUUUUAUUCCAUCUUGGAAUAUACAGAGAAUAAAUUCUUGGAGUUCAUAUCAAGGUUUCCAGAUGAUGUGGAAGAACUGUUGAUGGCUUACAAAGCUCAUCUUUUGCACACUUCUUCUUCGGAAGAAGAAGAAAACACAUGAUAAAAGUCUGUUUCUAGGCCAAUGCUUUUGAUGAGUAGUUUGGGAGAUCGUGUGAUUCCUCAAUAUUGAGUUUUGCAGAUUAUUAAGUAGAAGGAGUUGUUGAAAAUGUAUUGGAGUUUUCUUUACAUCAUGGAAUAUACUGAGAAUGAAUUCUUGAAGUUCAUGUCAAGGUUUCCAGAUGAUGUGGAGGAACUGCUGAUGGCUUACAAGGCUCAUCUUUUGCAUACUUCUUUUUGAGAAGAAAAAACAUGCUAAGUCUGUUUUUAUUUAAUUUGGUUUUACUUUAUCAAGGCCACUUUUGAGCUUUCAUGUUGAUUCAAGAUGGUCCUCGUAUACUAAUUUGUCUUUUAAUUUAGUUUAUAUUUGAUCUGAAUUUAUAUUUUAUGCCAUUUUUUGUUUUUGAACUAUUUUGAGAGAAAUUUGUUCAGCUUUUCUUCGUCAUGAAUAAAGAGCUGUCUUCAAAAAGAAGAAAAAAAAAAAAAAAA